UCGGGUGGGUAACAAGGCCAAGGGCGCGAAAAGCGGAAAAGCCAUGAUGUUUCCGCUCCAUUUUCAUUACGAAGAUGUAUUGCGUGAGGACCUGCUGCUCAAACUCAAUCACACCAAUGUCAUGGAAGUCCCCGGACUGUUUGAGAUCAGACUGGUACCAAAAUCUACCUCUGAUGCCAAAAUCCAAUUUGGAAAGUUAGCCAUGGAGAUUCUGUGUGGUCAGAGAUCCAUACAGGCACAAUUGCCCGACCAUUUGAAAUCAGGAAGGUCGGGAUCCAAUGCGUUCCUGGCGUCCCAGAAAGACGCUACAUCUCUAAGACAAAGCAUCAUUCGAGGGCAUGGAAUGUACAAUUUCCUGGUCAGAGUCUUGACAGUAAUGUCUAUGUUGGAUUCUAAGGUAUCAAUUGAACAGGGAAACUGCAUCAAGUUCUUCAUGGCAACUGAGUUUUGCGAGUUCUCCCCAGAGAUAGAAGAUCAUUUCGAGAUCUUUGAGAACAUUGGAGGGUUCAAUGUGACAAUUGUCACUUCCGCCAGUUCAAAAGAGGAGACUUCCCUUCUGUGGAGUGGCUUUUUGCUCAAAGAUGAAGGUGAAAUUAACUAAGAUGCUGGAGAUGAAGCAGUGAGAGAUCACAAGCUUCAUGGCUAAAUAUGAACUAAGAUGAAAGCUUUUAGCAUUUUGCAAUCUGAUCUUUUCCCAGGUCAAGCAUUCCAAGAUGCCAAGAAUGAAAAUGUUGGGUACUUGGCUUUUCUUGCUGCAUUAGUAGCCAGUUACUUGUGAAGUUUUGCCUCUCAAGUAGGCUAUGAUUCUGGAUAGCAACUGGUGUAGAUUUUAUUUUGUUA